GAAAGAGGAGAAGACAAAAGAUUCAUAAAACUAAUCGAGUUGUGGACGACACCACAAGUUCUCGUAAAAAAAGCGCACCUCUUACAAGUUGAAGGAAUGGGCAGCCAUCCAGUGGUCCUGCUCCUCUGCAGUUUCCACGUGCUCACAGCUGUAGCCCGAGCCCAGCAGUCUGAGACCACUGAGGCCCCCAGAGGCGUCCUGCCAGCCAAUUGCAGGGAGGAGAUGUAUCCAUGCACCAGGAUGUACUCGGUUCACAAGCCCGUCAAGAGAUGCAUUGGUGGUCUUUGUUUGUACAGCCUCCCUCGUGUCUACGUCAUCAACAAAGAGAUCUGCAUGAGGACCGUGUGCCAGCAGGACGAGUAUCUGAAAGCUGAACUUUGCCGAGAGUUGUCCGGAUGGCCCCGACGUGUGGAGAGGUCAUCUCAUAGGAAACGCUGUCGCAAUCGCCGUAGCAACCCCAAAACCUGGGCAAACAAGGCUUGAUGGACCAGGGGGAUGACGAGGUGACCACCGGUGGGGAUGGCGCCCCUCGGAGAGACCCAAACCAGGGGCGUUGUUAUAAAAACAGCCCAUAACACCAUAAAUUCACUGCUCAACACCAGUGGGGUCGCUCUCUCUCUCGCUCUCUCUCUCUCACACACAUGCACAAACACACACACACAUGUGCUGAGUCACAUCUAUGUUUAUGUAUUAGUCUUUUAAUUGUGUGUGAAUAUUGAAGGAUUGCUCGUUUCAUCUGUGUAUUGUUGGACACAGAUCAUGUCUUUCAUGGUUUACGACCCAUUUAAGGUACUGUAGUUAUGGGCCUAUAGCAGCGCUGAGUCAUGGUACAGAGACAGACCCACUGUGUCGAGGAAUGUAGGGCACUCGUUGACAAUCAAGUAUUAUGUGCACUAUUGUAUCCAAUAAAAUAUAACUACUACUGUAA